GUUGCGAUCGUCAAUUUGAAUAGUAUUUAUACUGCAGGAGCUGCAUGUUAAGACAGUACCAAUAGGUUAUGCUUCUUACGUUAAUGGCAUGUGCUAACUAGCAGGUUGGAUGAACAUUUCGAAAGGAAGGUUUCUGUGUUUUAAAUAAAAAGCAUAUGGAUCACCAUACGCCCGAGAUUAGUGCAUUAACUAGAAGACUGGUAGAAUGUGUUGGGCCAGUGUUCUUGAGUUUCUGGCAGGUUGAACCUGGAAUUUCACAUGAUGCCUUGGCACUUCAAGAAGAAGACGAAUCAGAAGAUGAAUUGACUUCUAGUUUUAUUGACCCAGAUGAUGUAAAUUUCCUUAGAAGUCUUGAUCCUAAAGAGUGGAAGGAACAAGAUCAUUAUGCUGUUCUUGGUUUGAAGAAGUUACGUCACAAAGCUACGGAAGAUGAUAUAAAGAAAGCGUAUCGAUUGAAAGUGUUGCGUCAUCAUCCCGAUAAACGUAAGGCUCAAGGUGAGGAAAUUCGUCCUGAUGAUGACUACUUCACCUGUAUUACCAAAGCUUGGGAGAUACUGGGUAAUCCACGCAAUCGCCGUUCAUAUGAUUCUGUUGACAAAGAAUUUGAUGAUUCAAUACCAACAGUGAAUGAUCACACUCGGACUAAUUUUUAUGAGGUGUUUGGAGAAGCGUUUGAUUUGAACUCGCAGUGGUCUGAAAAAAUGCCAGUACCUAAAUUAGGAGAUGAAUCAACACCAAGAGAGAAUGUUGAACGAUUUUAUUCCUUUUGGUACAACUUUGAAUCAUGGCGGGAAUAUUCUUACCUGGAUGAGGAAGAAAAGGAACAGGGACAAGGACGUGAGGAACGUAAGUGGAUAGAGAAACAAAAUAAAGCAGCUCGCGUGAAGAGGAAGAAAGAAGAAAUGGCUAGAAUUCGAAGUCUUGUUGACACAGCGUACAGUUUAGAUCCGCGUAUUCUGAAAUUUAAGCAGGAAGAUAAGGAUCGUAAAUUGGCUGUAAAACAAGCGAAAAAAGAUGCUGCAAGAGCUCGUCAGGAGGAAGAGGAUCGUAAAGCACAAGCUGCUGAAGAAGAGAUGAGGAAACAAAAGGAAGAAGCAGAAGCAGAGCAAAAGGCAAAACAGGAUGCUAUCAAAGCUGAACGCGAAGCUCAGAAACGUGCACUCAAGAAGGAACGUGCAACACUUCGGAAAUUAGCCAAAGAAAACAAUUAUUACUCAACUGAUCCUUCUGAAGUGGUGCAUCACAUGGGUAGCCUUGAGAAGAUCUGUGAAUGCCUAAGGCUAGAAGAAUUGGAAGAACUAGUUACUAUGUUGGCACGUGAUGGUCGUACAGCCUUCCUCCAAGCGAUGGAGGAAACAGAACGUCGCAUUGAAUGUGAGCGACAACAGCUAAUGGAGUCUGCCACUCGUGCCUGUGGAGGUGGCUCAGGAGCUAUGGGUAGAAGUAAAAAGGGCUCAACUCCAUGGACACAUGAUCAGUUGCAAUUGCUCAUCAAGGCUGUUAAUGUGUUCCCUGCAGGAACAAAUCAGAGGUGGGAAGUGGUUGCCAAUUUUAUCAACCAGCACACCAAUGGGGAAUAUGAGCCACGCACUCCUAAGGAAGUGCUAGCCAAGGCUAAAGAUCUUCAAAGUUGUGAUUAUUCUAGAAAUAUCCUUAAAGUUGCUGUGAACCAGAAAGCAUAUGAUAACUUUGAGAAAGAUCAGAAAAACUCUGUAGAAGUUUCUGCAACCACGUCUCAGAGGUUUGAUAGUCCAGCUGAUCAGCAGGGAGUGAGAGUAGCCCCUUGGACUGCUAUGGAGCAGCAACUGUUAGAGCAAGCUUUGAAAACAUAUCCUGCGUCAACACCUGAAAGAUGGGACAGGAUUGCUGAAUGUCUUCCGACACGUUCUAAGAAAGAUUGUAUGAGAAGAUAUAAGGAAUUAGUGGAAAUGGUGAAAGCCAAAAAGGCUGCCCAGGCUGCUGUUGGUUCAGGCAGUCAGAAGGCAAAAUAACCCAGGAUUGUUCCUAUUUUAUGUGGGAAUUAAGUUAACAAACUUUGUUUUCAAACGAAUUGCACUUUUUUGCUGUUUUUUUUUUGUGUAUUUCACUAUCUUCCCAGUAUUUGAGAGUGAUUAAGGGGGUGGGGGGAUGAACCAUACAGUAACAUAUCUUGGAACAGUGUGACAUCUUGUGAGAAAAGGGAGGGCAUACCAUAUUUAAUCCUGGUGCAACUUCUAGUAAUUUGGUGUUUGUGCUAUAGCAGGCAUUAAGUAUGAGGGGGCUGGCUGUCAACACAUAAGCUUGCUUCAGAGAUGUGCUCUCACUCUGUCUAAUGAUUGUGUAUACUCAGCGCAAGUUGCGUGAUCUCAAGGAGUCUGUGUUGUUCAUUCUUUCUCCUUAUGUUGCUUAAUAAAUUGGCUUUAAAGUGUC